AUGGCUCGAUAUCUCUUCUUCAUAUUGAGCAUUGCUUUAUGCAAUGUUGUCAAUGCCAAAUAUUUCGAAUAUGAAUUGCCCAAUCGAACAGUAACAAUUUGCCCAACCAAUUCACUGAUCUCAAUCGAAUGUCCACAAGCAUCCGAGUAUCAAACAUGGCAAUCGAAUCUUCCACCAUUUCUCAUCUCAAUUGACUAUAUUCGCUCAUUUCCGUCUCGUCUUGGUCUCGAUGCAAGCUCAUGUCAACCAGAUCCAUCCAACGCGUGCCACAAUUACGAUCUACGUUAUAUAAAUACAUUAUGCAAUGGUAAAUCUUACUGUCCAGACAUUCCAGCAUAUCAAAUACGUGAUCGAAGUUCAUGUGCAUUCAAAGCCGUCACUGAAAUUGGCUAUCAUUGUGUGCCGACAUGGAAUUUGCGCGAUAUUCAAACGAAAUGUGACAUCUGUAAGAAUGGUUCUUUGACCAACGACUACGGUUUUAUUUACUCGCGGAACUAUCCUUUGCAAACGCUUCGUAUACCCUGUUUUACAACGAUUUAUGCUCGACCCUAUCAUAAAACAGUGCUCUACUUCGUGACAGGACAACUGAAUUUUGAUGAGAUUAGAAUUGAAAGUGUUUCAUCGGAAGGUAUUACCAUUCUGAAUAUCACCUUGAACGGAAAUCAAACAGCACACCGAGUAGCUGAGUCGACCUAUGAACUGAAGAUUACCUUUCUUCCCGGACAAAUCUAUUCACCACAUCUAACCAAUUACCUACUCUACUUCUAUACCAUUCCUUAUUGUUCAUAUGUUGUUCCAUGUCCACCCAUUCCUUCAAUACCAACAACAACGUCCAUACCACCGAUGACAGCCGCAACGAACCGCACACGAAUCCAGUCAGUAGGAUGGACACGAAUAACAAAUAUGUGGAUUGUGAUUCCAAUAAUUCUAGCUUAUGUUCUACUUUUACUACUUGUCAUCGUCUUAGCUCUUCUAUUUCAACGUCGUCGUAAACAACGAAAAGCGUUGGAUAGCCUCAAUAGCAAAACGACAACAUCACGUUAUUUAGAUACAAGUGGCACAUCAAGUCGUGCUCAACUCGUCACACCUUUACCACCGCCAAGUGGCACUGGUAUGAGUACAUAUCGUCGUUCAACGCUCACCCGAAGCACAAACCAUCCAAUUUAUAAUUCUUCGUUUGCACAAAACAUGGAACGAUACCACCGAGAAAGUCGAAGUGAUUUCGAUCUGCAUCACAAUUCAAUGUAUGGAACCGAUUACAGCCAUCAUUCUUCAAUGCCGUAUCGAAGUCGAACUCCUAUAGUAAAUCAGAGUUAUCGUCCAUACGGUACAAUUGAUUAUUCGGGAAGGAAUUACAAUGCUAACCAACAUCGUCGUCGUUCACUACCAAAAUCAUUUUCUGAUUGUGAUUUAUGUAAACGACAUGUUUUUACUCAAGAAUACCAGCACUACUAUGAUGAAGAUGACAAUUGGCGAUUAGAAAACUCCAUUGAACGUCGUGCCGAACCACGACCCUAUCGAGAGAAGCUUAAAGAACGUUUCCGUGAACGUUUAACUGUCCGUCAUAUUCCUGAUUCCGAUGUCCUGCCAAGUUCAUCUGUCGAAUAUUCAACUAUUCUACCACGUCAUCAACGAAUUUUGAGUGAAUCCGCUCGAGGAGUUCAACAUUUACCAUUUGAAUACAUUCCUAAUGACAAUUCGAAAAAUGUCCGUACAGUUGAAUAUAAACGCAACUCAAAUCAAGAACAUGUCGCCAUUGGGAAUAAUCAACAUCGCGGCUUGAACGAUGAAAGUGGUACAUCAAAUUUUACCGUGAAAUUCUACGAACGUGACGAUGAUGAUGAUGAGCUGAAUACUCGACUCGAUCGUUGUUUACACGAAACACGCGAAGUUCAAGAAAUGUCAAUGAGAAUGAGUGAACAACAAAGCUUCGAUCGCCACCAACAAAAACGUUUCUACGGAAAUGCUGAAAUCUAA